AUGACAAAUGGUGUGAGGCAGCCUCAUUUACUUUUUAGCUGCUAUAGCCCUGAAGAAUUUACAUAUGUGCAGAACAGCCCACACAAUCAGUUCACCUUCAGACCCCUCCCGCCACCGCCGCCGCCUCCGCAUGCCUGCACCUGUGCCAGGAAGCCAACCCCUGCAGUGGACUCUCUUCAGCGGAGAUCAAUGACUACCCGCAGCCAGCCCAGCCCAGCUGCUCCAGCUCCCCCAACCAGUACGCAGGAUUCAGUUCAUCUGCAUAACAGCUGGGUCUUGAACAGCAACAUACCACUGGAGACCAGGCAUUUUCUUUUCAAACAUGGAUCUGGUUCCUCUGCAAUCUUCAGCGCAGCCAGUCAGAACUACCCUCUGACGUCCAAUACCGUGUACUCGCCCCCUCCAAGGCCACUUCCUCGAAGCACCUUUUCCCGACCUGCCUUUACCUUCAACAAACCUUACAGAUGCUGUAACUGGAAGUGUACAGCAUUGAGCGCCACUGCGAUCACAGUGACUUUGGCCUUGUUACUAGCCUAUGUGAUUGCAGUACAUUUGUUCGGCCUGACAUGGCAGUUGCAACCAGUUGAAGGAGAGCUCUAUGCAAAUGGAGUUAGCAAAGGGAACAGAGGGACCGAGGCCAUGGAUACUACUUACUCUCCAAUUGGAGGAAAAGUUUCCGAUAAAUCAGAGAAAAAAG